AUAAAACUUGCAUUGCGGAGAGAAUGAACAAGUUUAUUACCAGCAUAGUUAGGGUUCCUUCUCUUACUAGUAGAAGUAGAUUUCUUGUUCCAAACAGGAAUUCCCGACUUGUUACUUUUUUUACUUCUUCAAAAAAUGGUAGAGCAGACACAAGCUCCUCCUCUUCCUCAUCGUCAUCGUCACAACAACAAGGCCAAGGUCACAAAACAACAGGUGAGAAUAGUCAUACUUUAUGGGUUUCUGGUGCAACAAUGGCUACUUUAGUUAUGCUUGGUCUUCUUCAUGCUCGACGCCUCUAUGACGACAACCAGCUUGAAGUAGUAAGGGAUAAAGGGAUUGAAAUUGAAUUCUCACCAGAUGCAAAGGCUUCAUUAUUGAGGUUGCUACCAUUGCGUUCUAUUUCUCGCAUCUGGGGAUUCAUUACCAAUGUGGAAUAUCCUAUUUGGUUGCGUCCUUAUAUCUACAAAGCUUGGGCUCGAGCAUUUCAUUCAGAUUUAGAAGAAGCUGCAUUGCCUCUUGAUCAUUAUGCUUCUUUGCGGGACUUUUUUGUUCGCACACUUAAAGAAGGGUCAAGGCAGAUCGACCCUGAUCCACAUUGUCUGGUUAGUCCUGUCGAUGGAACAAUUUUGAAAUUCGGGGAGCUGAAAGAUUCAGGGGCCAUGAUUGAACAAGUCAAAGGGUUCUCUUACUCCGCUUUAUCUCUUCUUGGUACAAGUUCAUUUGUUCCUGUAGGCGAGGAGGAUAUAGUUGGAGAUUGUAUCGAAGAGAACAAUAUUGCAGAAGAAACAAGUAAAAAGUCAUGGUGGCGAAUUUCCUUUGCUUCUCCCCAAGUGCGAGAUCCAACCCCAGUGUGCAGAAGGAUGAAGGGUAUAUUUUACUGUGUAAUAUAUCUAAAGCCUGGUGAUUAUCAUAGAGUGCACUCUCCUGUUGAUUGCAGUAUUUUACUCCGACGCCAUUUCUCAGGCCGGCUUUUCCCUGUGAACGAACGUGCUACACGAACAAUCAGAAAUCUCUAUGUUGAAAAUGAGCGGGUUGUUCUUGAAGGUCGAUGGGCAGAAGGAUUUUUCGCGCUCGCUGCAAUCGGUGCAACAAAUAUUGGCUCAAUUGAGCUUUUGAUUGAACCUGAAUUGAGGACAAACAAGCUGAAGAAAAUUCUUCACACAGAGCCUCCAAAGGAACGCGAAUAUGAACCUCAAGGUGUUGGUGUGAUGUUGAAGAAGGGGGACGAGAUAGCAGCAUUCAACAUGGGAUCAACUGUGGUGCUCAUUUUUCAAGCUCCAAUAUCGAAAUCAAAAACUAAGGGACAAGAGUGUGAUGGUUGCGACUCAUCCGUGUUCAACUUCUGUGUCCAACGUGGUGAUAAGAUCCGACUGGGAGAAGCACUUGGCAGGUGGUCGGUCUGAGAUCUCUUAAAAAAUUAAUUCUACCCGGUGGGCACGCUACACCCGUCUUUUUGUUUUAGUGAGUGAUGAUGGUUGAUGGAUGAUGGAUCUUCUUCAACAGCAGCAAUUAGGUUGGCGCAACACUGGACAUUUUUUUGAAGAAUGUAUUUCUAGCUUAAAUUUUUAAUAGCAGUAUUCAAACAGUUGUAGUCGCACUGUAGCAAGUGUGACAAUUGUAUAGUAGCACUGUAGUUUAAAUUUUUUUGAAGUCAAGCUCAAUCAUGUCAAACUAAAAGGAGUGUGUUGAUCUUGAAUCUAGAUAGAUUACAAUGAAGGCCCUUUUCAACCGCUGGAUCGUGCCGGGUAGAUUUGAUGUGUUUCCCAGGAAAGUUCAUCGAUGUAAUCACAUACUUAAUCAUGGAUGGUUUUAGGCAGUCAUCCGUAGAUUUGAUUGUCAUACUUAAUCUUGGUAUCAGUGUUUUUCAGGAAAUCA